UAAAUAACAUAUUUGUGUUAAUAUAUGUAUAUAGAUUCGAUAUUUGAUUUGUGAUAUUAUUUUUAAUUUGUUUGGUUGAUCACUGGAAGUAUGGAUAUUUCUGUUCAGAAGUGUGGUGAGGUCACCACUUGCUUAAAAGAGCGAAAAAGAGAGUAUUUCCUCAAUUGCAUAUUUUGUGACGGAAUGUUUGUAACUUUAGAUAAAUUCGGAAAACAUUUGGAAUACGUACAUUUGCAUUCGUCAGAUGGAUAUGAUCAGGAAUUGUUAGAGGAUUAUAAAAUAAAAGAAGAAAUAAUUUCUCCGAUGGACGCUGAUCCGGAAGAGAAAAAUGUUAUUAUUAAUAUAGAAGUUCAGGGAAUUUCACAAGGGAAAACUGAAGAAAUAGAAAAUAUAAUUGGAAUUCAGGAAAAUGUCACAGACUUAUUUGAAUUGAGGGAAAAUCACGUAAACUGCAAAUAUGAAGUAAACUAUAACGAUAUUUACGAACAAACUGACGAUCAAUUAAGCGACACUGAAAAACACUGGCCGAGCGACCCGUUGAAAAUGUUUGAUAAGGAAACCAUGAAGACGAUAUUUUCAAAUUUUGAGAAUCAUUCUAUAUUGUGGGACAGAGAAGAUCCAACAUCAAAAAACAUUCAUUUACGUUCGAUUGCAUAUAAAAGUUUAGCAUCAGAUGUAGGAAAGUUAAGUCAGUGGAAGAAAGUAAGAGAUUUGAUUCGAAAACUUAACUACCGGCUUAGACAUGAGAUCCAGAGAAAACGAAAUUCCAUGGCAUUGGAUGAGGACUAUAUUCCCCCGUGGUUAAACGACAUUGACACUUUUCUCAGAAUUAGGAAGGAGAACAAGAAACCUGUCGUACCUCCAAGUAUACUCACAGAACCACAACGAAAAGCAUUUAUAAAAUGCUAUAAGGGAUUUACAUGUCUUUGGAAUGAAAUUGAUAUUGAUUAUCGAUUACCAAAUAAGCGAGAAGAAGCAAUGAUUGAAAUAGAAAAUUUGCUCCGAAAUCACGACAUUUUUCUGACACAAUCGCAAAUAGAGCAGGAAAUUGCUCGAAUGAGGAAAAUUUGUUGGCAAGAGAAAAAAAGAAAGCUAAAAUGUGAAGAAUUAAAUAAUCCAUACGUACCUCAUUAUGCCACCUAUGAACACAUCCGUUUCCUUGAAAUAGAUGUUGGUCCAUUUAGGUGUGAUAUAUGUAAUGAUAUCCUUCCUGGACUCAAUAAAUACAAAAUGCAUAUAUCCAAACAUGAUGGAAUAAAACCUUUCACCUGUCCUCUAUGCGGUAAUAGCUUUACUACUGUACAUAGCUUAAAUAUUCAUAUGAAUCGACACACGGGAGAUUACAAAUAUAUGUGUAAAUAUUGUGAGAAAAGUUUUCCUGCUUUAUCAGAGUUAAAUGUUCAUGAACGUAGUCAUACCGGAGAAAGGCCAUACUUUUGUGAUCAAUGUGGAAAAACAUUUCGUGUAUGGGUAUAUUAUGAUUCACAUUUAAGGCGCCAUCAAAAUCGACCGGGGUAUAAAUGCAACAUUUGCUCGAAAGAUUUCUUUGGCGCCCAUCAUUUAAAUGAGCACAUGAGUAUUCAUCGCAAAGAACGAGAUCAAGUGUGUAAUGUAUGUGGGAAGGCUUUUAAAAUGGCAAAAUACCUUAGGCAACACAAACAAAUUCAUUCUGCUAAUAAAAGAUACAUUUGCAAAAUUUGUCAUAAAGCCUUUGCCCAAUAUGCCGGCCUAAGCGGACAUAUGAAAACUCAUGGUACCACUCUUGUAGGCCAUAAUAACAGAAUUAACACUACUGGAGAUGAUAGCAAAGAAAUGUUAUAGUAAGUGGUAUUAGAUAUCUAAAUACAGUAUGACAUAUUUGAAAAAAGUAUAAUAAACGUAUUUAAAAUCA